UAGGCGUGGAUUUCUUCCUUUUAAUCUCCCCUAAUGCCUUAUUCGAUUAUUGUCAGUGCUCUCCGACCGCACACCGGCCCUUCAAACCCUAAUUCCCCCUCUGGGGCGUCCAGAUGAGGCUCAACGGCGGUGGCGAAUGCAAAGGGGCCAGGCGGCCACAGGCACCCUCCACCGCCGCUGCCCGGGCAGAGGGCGGCCGAGGGGAAAGCGGUGAGCCAGCCGCGCUCUCCGGUCGCCUCAGCCGGCGGAGGCCCUGGCCGAGCGGAGACGGAGGGAUGAGCGCCGACGACGGCUCCAGGUGACGGCUCUGAGGGCACCCGAGCGUCCUCGCACACUCCCGAGGCAUGGCUCUGCUCAUCGCCUGGGUAUGCGUCGCUGUGAGCGCAGCGAAGGCGCUGGGCAGCCGGGGCGGCGGGGCGGACGUCUACUCGGAAAACAUCACUCGGAUCCUCGACAAGCUGUUGGACGGGUACGACAACAGGAUCCGACCGGGAUUUGGAGGCGCCGUGACAGAAGUCAAAACGGACAUCUACGUGACCAGCUUCGGGCCGGUGUCCGACGUGGAGAUGGAAUACACAAUGGAUGUCUUCUUUCGGCAGACAUGGACUGAUGAGAGGUUGAAGUUUAGUGGGCCAACUGAAAUUUUGAGAUUGAACAAUUUAAUGGUCAGUAGAAUUUGGACACCAGACACAUUUUUUAGAAAUGGAAAAAAAUCAAUUGCUCAUAACAUGACAACUCCUAACAAACUUUUCAGAAUUAUGCAGAAUGGAACUAUUCUUUAUACAAUGAGACUAACCAUUAAUGCUGAUUGCCCAAUGCGGUUGGUGAACUUCCCUAUGGAUGGACAUGCUUGUCCAUUGAAGUUUGGAAGCUAUGCUUAUCCAAAAAAUGAAAUAAUUUACACAUGGAAAAAAGGACCCCUGCAUUCAGUAGAAGUACCACAGGAAUCUUCCAGUCUCCUCCAGUAUGACCUUAUAGGACAAACUGUAUCUAGUGAAACAGUUAAAUCUAACACAGGUGAAUAUGUAAUCAUGACUGUUUAUUUCCACUUGCAAAGGAAGAUGGGCUACUUCAUGAUACAAAUAUACACUCCAUGCAUUAUGACAGUCAUUCUUUCUCAGGUGUCUUUCUGGAUUAACAAGGAGUCUGUUCCAGCCAGAACAGUUUUUGGCGAAUAUUCCCUUCAGCUACUCUAUUUCUAUCUUCAAAGGAAAAUAGGCUACUGUGUCAUUCAGACAUACAUUCCAUGCAUCAUGACUGUAGUCCUGUCUCAAGUUGUGUUUUGGUUCAACAAAGAAUCUGUUCCAGCAAGAACCGUGGCUGGAAUCACUACAGUUCUAACUAUGACCACUUUAAGCAUCAGUGCACGCCAUUCUUUGCCCAAGGUGUCCUAUGCUACUGCCAUGGAUUGGUUCAUAGCUGUAUGCUUUGCCUUUGUCUUCUCUGCACUUAUUGAGUUUGCAGCUGUCAACUACUUUACCAAUCUUCAGACUCAGAGAGCAAUGAGGAAGGCAGCCAGGGCAGCAGCACUGGCAGCAGCACUAUCAGCAGCAACUGUACCGGCAGAGGACGAGAUUGUCUCGCAUUCUGACUCCAACUGUAACCUGAAGAAGCGAGUAAACAGCAUAACAUCUCAGGCAGAUCAGUCUUCAGAAGUCAGCAUAAUAUCAAAUAGUGCAUCCCAGUGUCAACCACCAUCUGUUCCUCCACCAGCCCCACAACCACCACCACCACCUAUUGGAGGCACAAGUAAAAUAGACCAGUACUCUAGGAUCCUCUUUCCACUGGCAUUUGCAGGAUUCAACCUGGUAUACUGGGUUGUUUAUCUUUCAAAAGACACUAUGGAACUUUUUGAACCUACUGCAGUGCAUCUUCGAAAUGACCAUCAGUCCAACUGAAGAACAGCUCAAGGUUUCAAUGAAAUCACUGAAGGUCAUGUAGGGUUGAAGAGACUUCAAAUGAUUUUUCUAUCCACGGGUGCUCUCAGUUUUAAAACAGGGAGUAUUUAUAUUGGACAUCACCUGGAAACAAACUCUGGACAAAUCAAAAAGAUAGAAACUGCACCAGGGUUCUGACAAUACUUUCUUAAGAUUUCUUACAAUGAUUCUACUAUAGAAGUUCUUGUUAAAUUAUUUUGUUCAAUUGUCAAAGAAGAUAAUGUGCAUUUGUUCUAAUUCUCUUAUAACCAAUUGAAUGUUUACAUUGAUAUAAAACGUCAAUAACAGGGUUAUUUUUUAAAAAUACAAAAAGGAUUGCUAAAAUAAGCCUGAUUCUGAACUGGUAUAACUUGGCAUGCUUUCACUGAAAGGUUAGGAGCUGCACUGAUUUGCAACACUUGAAAUUGACCCAAACCAACGUUAAGAAAUCCUGUGAAAGGGAGUUGCAAUCCUGUCAUGUUUUCGUAACCCUUUCAUAGAAAAGAUGAGUGAUGAAUUCUGAUUUCUUUAAUUUCGUUUUCAUCUCUUUGAGAUACCAUUUAUAAAGAACAAGGUAAAGAAAAAAGGAAGUAGAAACUACUGUUUAUGUACUUUAGCUGGUUAGUUACGAUAGCGUAACUAUUUUUGUUGAGCAUGACCAUGGAAGUACAACCAGACUAAUAACAAGCAAUUUCUCAGCAGAAUCUAGAAUUGCAGGACUUAGAUGUCAGGGAGUUUUCAAGGUCUAAAAAUUAAUAGAAAGAUGAAGCUACCCAUCAAGUUAAAUGCAAACCUCCAGCUCUAAGGGACUUCCUGGAAGCAAGUCUUGAUAGCUGGUGAGGGAACAAGCUGCAUUUUGUCAGCUGAUUUGAGUGAACUGCACGUACCAAAUUCCCAAGAACUUUUUUCCAGAGGCAAAGUACUGUCAGAAUAUUCUGAGGUUAAAGGCAAUAAUAUUUUGAUUUAUUUGUCACUCUCAACAGUCACAGGAUUUCUUCCUCAUAUUUCAUAGUAAUCUAUUAUUUUAUUAUAUAUACAUUCUUCAUCUCUGUAAUUCUUCUUAAGAACGUAAUUAGGAAAGAUAUACCUGAUCAAACCCAAGCCAGGUAUAUGCAGAGUUGCAGGGGUUGCAGGGGUAAUGGACACUGGUGGGAGUCAAAAGCACACAACAAAGUUUUACAUGCAGCCAAAUGAAAACUAAGGACUCCUAUCUUGAAAUUACAUUAGUUUGAAAUUAUUUACAUUAAAUGAAAUUAUUUUUAACACUAACAUGAAAUGCUAUGUUGAUUCAGGAAAUUCAGGGUCUUUUGCUUUGUCUAAAGAAACAGUCACAGUGAGAAAAUAUUUAGGGGCUGACUAAUUGACUCCAGUAAGUUGUCAGCUGCUUUACUGGCACUAUAACAGUUUUAACUGUCUGAUGACCUAGCUUCAGUUGUUUUCCUCCUCCUAUUUCAAGAGUAUAUUGCUUUUACUAGUGUGGUUGCUGGACUGAACGUGUGAGAUCACUUUUUGUACUCCCUGUUCUUUAACUCUGAAGAGCUCAGAUGGAGACAAUUUAAGUAGAUUCAAGUCAAUAAUAACUAUUGUUUGCACAGAAAUGUCAUGUUUGCCGUUUGCUUUUCCUGACUGGCUGCAGGCUGGCACACUUGGAUGUAUUGUAAGUACAAUGAAUUCUUUCUUCAUUUUGUUUUGAAACUAAAAUUGUGACAAUUUUUCCUGUUUUCAGCCUUUAUAUACUAUUUUUUUUUAAAGUCAAAAUAUGGACACUGGGCAAGUAUUUUAUAAUUUGUAAAUACAUCUUACUUAGCAAAAAGCAAAUUGUGCUGUAGGGAUAUAAAGGUUAUUUUUCAGUAUAACUAUACUCAUUCUUGCUUCACUGACUGAUUUUCUAUUUUGAGUACAUUAGUAUCUAUAGAAUUUUCAGAGUACUUUAAAAUUGGUUUAUACACAAAAUGAAAAUGUUUAAAAGCUAUGGAAAAACAAGUAACACUGAAUAAGCUAAACUUUGUAUCUGAUCUUUGUUUAAAAGAAAUCUAAAUAUUAAUUUUAUAGCAGAUGCAGAGUUACUAAAUGGUCAGUAUUUCCUUAGAGUGUAGUAUUUCAGUGUAUAAAAUAGUGGUAACUUCCUGAUUAGAAAGCUAUAUCAAGCACCUUAACAAUGUACUAGCAGCUCUUUAUAUUUAACAGCAUAUUUUAACAUGACCAUGAAGCCUGCUUAUCUUUUUUUAGAGAAGUUUUUCAUAAGGAAAAGAGAGAAGUGUUGGUUCUCCACAUCUGUUUGAAUGGUAGGAAGGGAAUAUGUAUUUUGUCCUAUUACCUGCUUUGUACAGACACGGAUGUAAUCAGUAAUAAUGUUAAUAAUAUCAAGUUAUACCUUAGAAUAAAUAUAAUUACUUACAAUUAAUAUAAGGUCUUAACAGUCCUGGGUAUGGUCAAACAGUAACCAAACAAGCAAUACAGUAAAAAGAACAGAUAAAUAGAAAAGGUUUCUUUAUAUAUAUAUUUAUGUAUGCAUAGAUACAUAUGAAUCUCUUUAAAACAUAUAAAUAAUAUAUAUUUCUGUAUUUAAUACAAAUUUAAGGGAAAUUAGGGGAUAUGGGUUUCUUCUAGUACUUCUGAAUAUAUUGCAAUAGGAAGAGCAGGAACUAAAGUUGCUGUAGGAUGCAAAUUUGUAUGUUCAAAACAGGACACUGCCGGGUAGAAGAUGGGCAGUUACCUUGAGCUAUCACACUCUGGUAAUACAUUAUUCAACACUGACCUAACUUCUGUAUAUCCUGGUAGAAAGGGUGCUCUGGUUUUAGCCCACAAGCCCCUCAAAGGGACAGAGCGUAGCUUAAAUUCAUCUUUAGUGUGUUCUGCUUGAUCAGAAGUGUAAGAAAUAGAACUAAGAACACAAUUGCAGAAUUAUGUCAUUGUACAGUAGAAACCUCAGUUACAUAUUAGUCUUUAAAUUACUUAUUAGUCUUCAACAUUAUUAAACUAGGUUUUUCUACCCCCCUACAUUAUUUUUCAUAAUUUCAAAAUCAAAUAAAAAUCAAGCAGUUUUAAGAUACAGAAACUAUGCAGUAGCACACUAGAUCAGCCCUGAGAUCAUCCACUACUGUGUUCAAAGGAUAGUCCUCACCAGAAGUUAAAACAAGAGUUGGAUAAACCCGGGAAGUGUGAAGAUCAAAGUCCUCAACACACUUCCGAUAUAGUAUACUGUCCAGUGUUUUGAUGUUUUGUUACAUCCCGUCAUGUUACUAACUCAAGGCCUUUCUCUUAUAUAUAUGCAAACAAAAUUCAGAGGUGACUUUGUCAUUGCAUAGUUCAUUACAUUCUUCUUUGUCUUCCAGUUCAUGACACGAGCAGCAUUCCUCAUCUGCCUUCUUUAUAGAAGUCAUUCUUGCAGGAUUUUCCUCUAAUAAGUAAGCAAUCAAAGCCUUUGAACUCUCCAUGGAAAUGCUGUCCAUCACCUGGCUUUACGGAGAAAGCUGUGAAGAAAGAAGUCCUAUCCACAAAUACAAUGGGUAGAGACUUGGGGAGUAAACUAUACUGUUCUGCAUCACUACUUCAACAAAAUCAUCACUCAGCCAUGGCUGGAGUGGUGCUUGCGUACAAAGAAUAAAGAUCCACAGUUCAUUUCCAGACAGCAGUUUGAUGCAAGUGAUAGUAGUUGAGUGCCAGCAAAGUAUAUUGGAAGCACAAGUUGGUGAAAAAGCAUGGGCGGGACUCGGCGAUGCUUUCUGAGAUGCAAGUCUUAAAACAGAAAGUUUGACCAAGAGAAACUAGGGAAUCCAAAGAAACCAAAAGCAUCCACACAAUUGUAAAGUAGGAAACAUAAUUCCACGCAUCUUAAGAGUUCUUUUCAAAACAAAACAAAACAAAACAAGCUAUUCUUAAUACUGUCCAAAACCAAAAUAUAUGUGAUCUUUCAAACAGAGAUGAGGAAAAAACCCUAACUCAUGUAUUUAAUGUGGUUAUAUAAAAGUAAGACAACAAAUCAUUGCAGAACUUCAUAAAACAUGUAACGUGCAUUUUUGCUAAAUCACUUUGCAAUACAUUUGGGUUGUUAUCAAAGGGGUCAUUAGUUCAUGAAAACAUGAUGUGACCUCGAUUAUGACCAGACUCUUUUCUACUCCAUAAAUAAGAGUAAUACCUAAUAGUUUUAAGGUACUGAAUUAUUUACAUUCCUUAAGGAGCAAAUAAGCCUUCUCUAAGCUAUAUAUAGUUACAUAUUCAAGCACUACUGCAAAGGUUUUUCUCCCCACCUCACACCUGCUUUGUUUAUAAUAAGAUUUUCAUAGAACAGAUAGAAAUAUUUUGUAAUUUAAAACUAAAUAAAACUAACAAAACUUU